AGAUUUCUGAGUCCUUAGUGUGCACAGCGCGUUGAGCUCAGUCUCCAUCGAGAGCGCGAAAAGCGAGGUCGUGGAGGCCCAGAGAGGUGAAGGCAUCUACCUGAAGCCACACAGGCAGCGUCUCCCGGGCUGUGGCCAUUUACAUUUGAAAAAUGACGAAAAGGAGUUGCUAAGAAUCUCCGCAGGAGUCAAAGCUUCUAGAACCCACAUUUCCUGAUUCCUGUAACAAUUAACGAUUGGAUUCCAAUAAGCUUAUCCAAGUUUUAGUUAAAAAUCACAGAUCCAUAAAUUAACAAUGGUUCAGCGUCUGACUUAUCGCCGUAGGUUGUCCUACAACACAGCUUCCAACAAAACUCGGCUGUCACGAACCCCAGGUAACAGAAUUGUUUACCUUUAUACUAAGAAAGUUGGAAAAGCACCAAAAUCAGCCUGUGGUGUGUGCCCAGGAAGACUUAGAGGUGUUCGUGCAGUGAGACCUAAAGUUCUUAUGAGGCUAUCAAAGACCAAAAAGCAUGUCAGCAGGGCUUAUGGUGGCUCCAUGUGUGCUAAAUGUGUCCGUGACAGGAUCAAGCGUGCUUUCCUGAUUGAGGAGCAGAAAAUUGUUGUGAAGGUGUUGAAGGCACAGGCACAGAGUCAAAAAAGUAAAUAAAAAGGAUAUGUUUUUUUGAAUAAUAAAGAAAAUUAAAAUGUG